AUGUCUUCAAAGACGGAAAAGGACCAAGAACAAAUCGCCAUAGCCAAAGGGCUGGAGAACAUCCCUUGGUGCGAUGACUACGAAAAGAUGAUCUCGGGUGUCUUGUACGACUCUUUCGUACCGGAGCUGGUCCAGGGUCGCUUUAGGGCCCGACGCUUCAUGCACAAGUACAACCACUACUUUCCCGAAGAUGCGACUCCUGAAUCGCUGCAAAAGGGCCGUGAAGGGCUCCUCCGGGAAAUCAUGGGCAAGGUCGGCAAGGAUUCCUUCAUUGAGCCGCCGGUCAACAUCGACUAUGGCUGCAACAUCAUUAUCGGUGACAACUUUUACUCGAACUUCAACCUCGUAAUUCUAGACUGUGGCAUCGUCAACAUCGGCAACCGUGUCAUGUUCGGUCCCUUUGUCUCCAUCUUCACCGCCACCCACGAGACCGAGGUACAGUCGCGUCGGGACGGGAUCGAGUACGCUCUCCCUGUCACGAUUGGGGACGACUGCUGGAUUGGCGGCAACGUCACAAUCUUGCCCGGUGUCACGAUCGGCAAGGGCACCACCAUCGGUUCCGGCAGCGUCGUCACCAAGUCAAUCCCCGAGUUCUCUGUCGCAGUAGGAUCGCCUGCAAAGGUAAUAAAGAAGGUUCAGCCUGUGCCAGAUCUUCCAUAG